AACUAUAUUUUAUGUUAGUAAGAUACGCGUGUAUAAAUUAGUUGAACUUCAAGCAAUCAUGAAAAUUGUACUUCUGUUUUUUCUUUGCUGCACUUUUCAUGCAGCAUUUAGUAGAUCAUUAGAAGAAUGUCCUGGUGGAGCAGCUUCAGGCACAAAACAGGAUGACUUAGUAAUUAAAGCAAAUUUAUUCGAAACCAUUAAAGUCCGUUUUCCCGAGAGUGGAGACUAUGACAACAACAUUACCUGUAUUUUGGCAAUCGAUGAAUCUAAUAGUCACAGUAACCCAGUCAUAACGCAAGGAGGUUUAGGAUACUCUUUUGUCGAGAUAACCGUAGGUCCUUGGCUUCUAGAACAACUAAAAUACAGAUUUGAAAUUUAUACUGGUUAAUAA